AUGGUACGUUCCGCACGUGAGCUGGGUGCUGGUCUGGCCGGCGACGCGCGUGCCCUGUGGCCAAACACUGCCCGGAGUGAGAGCAAACUACCAGCGCAGUGGGGCCGGCGCGAGUGUGCGUGCGUGUGUGUGCGUGUGUGCGAGAGAGCGAGCGCGGUGGGAGGGGGACCAACUGCUUCACACUUUAAACACUGCACUGAAGAAGGGGAGAGAGAGAGAGAGACUGGAGACGCACAGAUCCCCCCAAGAUCUCCCAAAGCUAUCGUCCCACAGAUUAUAAAACAGAACCCCAAAAAUCGAAACAGAGGAAACGGACAUCGGUUGAACAUGGACGAAGGAAUUCCUCAUUUGCAAGAGAGACAGUUACUGGAACAUAGAGAUUUUAUAGGACUGGACUAUUCCUCUUUGUAUAUGUGUAAGCCCAAAAGGAGCAUGAAGCGAGACGAUAGCAAGGAUACCUACAAAUUACCGCACAGAUUAAUAGAAAAGAAAAGAAGAGAUCGAAUUAAUGAAUGCAUUGCUCAGCUGAAAGAUUUACUGCCUGAACAUCUGAAGUUGACAACUCUGGGGCAUCUGGAGAAAGCGGUAGUAUUGGAAUUAACUUUGAAACACUUAAAAGCUUUAACAGCCUUAACCGAGCAGCAGCAUCAGAAGAUAAUUGCUUUACAGAAUGUGUCGCCCCCUCCCGAGAAGGCCGGCGCCGCCGCCGCGACCCUCCUGCCGCACGAGGUGGCGCCCCCUGGGGCGCUGCACCCCCCGCACCCGCACGGCCGCACCCACCUGUCCUUCGCUGGCGCCCGCGAGCCCGGGAACCCGGAGAGCUCUGCUCAGGAAGAUCCCUCGCAGCCGGGAAAGGAGACCCCCUGAACCCUCGCCCCCGUUCUUAGGACGAGGGUUCACACGGAAUAAUAAUAUUAAUAAGUUAAAACACCCUUAACGUUUUUAAGGGAGGAAGUGUAAUAGAUGCACGACAGGCUUUUCAAACAACAACAACACAGGUGUUUUGUGUACAUUCGGAGUUCCUGUUUUGCUCAUCCCUCCACCCCACCCUCCGCACACUAACGUCCCUUUCUUCCCCCACCGGCUAUAAAAGAACCUCUGCGGUACUGAUACUUUAUUCUUUAAAGAAUUACCUCCCCUCCCUCCACCCCCUCCCCGCAAUAAGUUUUGCCUUCCUUUAGGCCAUGGUCCAUUAUUUUUUUUAAAUACAGAACCUAAUUCUGGAGGAAGUGAGAAGGGUCUGCUGUGUGGGUGAGCUAAAUGAACCAGGGGAGGAGCAAGGUGGCCCAGGAGGUGACCUGAACAGCAGGUCAUUGUUGCCUGCCUGCCUCCAAUCCUGCCUGCUUCAGGAGGCUUGCCACAAACAGCGGGGACCUCUUAGAACUGAGUUUACUCUUCAGUAUUUUAUAAUGUUCAGCUUUUUAAAAGGUAUAUAUUUUUCAAAGAGGAAGAAGUGAGGAUGCAGUCAUUUGAGUUGCAACCUAUUCUGAAGUGGUUUGAAUGGUAUCCCUUAGUAACUUGCUCUUGUUGAAAGAGACAUGCAGUUGGGCCAUUGUCAGAACUAAGUCAGGGAAGGAGAUGGAUGAGGAAGGCCAGAAUCAUUCUUGGUACAUUUACUAGCACUUUAUUGAAAAAUUGACCGUGAAUCAAUUGCCUUGUCUUAAUUUCAUAUGUAUGUAUAUAUAUACACACACACAUACACACCUAUAUACACAUAUGUGUUUAUAGGUGUGUGUGUAUAUGUUUAUAUGUGUGCAUAUAUAUUGCAUCUAUUCCUACCUUGCCAUUAUUUAAUCCACCAUGUUUCAAAGUUUUUAUAAUCUUGCUGUAAAAAAAAAAAAAAAGGAAUGUGCACUGAACUUAAAAACAAGAAAAGUCCAAAAUGAUUUAUCCUAUAUUCCUUCUGUUAAAUAACAAAAGUGGUGAAAAACAUUAAACUGGUCAGUUUUGAUUGGAAAUGCUGUAAAGAUGUGGAAUGAAGCCCUGUGUGGCCUUCCUAUCUCCAAGUCUAUGUAUUUUCUGGAGACCAAACCAGAUACCAGAUAAUCACAAAGAAAGCUUUUUUUAAUAAGGCUUAAACCAAGACCUUGUCUAGAUAUUUUUAGUUUGUUGCCAAGGUAGCACUGUGAGAAAUCUCACUUGAAUGUUAUGUAAGGGGUGAGACACAACAGUCUGACUAUAAGUGAAGAAAAUAUCUGGGUCUUUUAGUCAGUUUGGUGCAUUUGCUGCUGCUGUUGCUACUGUUUGCCUCAAACGCUGUGUUUAAACAACGUUAAACUCUUAGCCUACAAGGUGGCUCUUAUGUACAUAGUUGUUAAUACAUCCAAUUAAUGAUGUCUGACAUGCUAUUUUUGUAGGGAGAAACUAUGUGCUAAUGAUAUUUUGAGUUAAAAUAUCUUUUGGGGAGGAUUUGCUGAAAAGUUGCACUUUUGUUACAAUGCUUAUGCUUGGUACAAGCUUAUGCUGUCUUAAAUUAUUAAAAAAAAUAAAUACUGUCUGCAAGAAACCAGCUGGUUUAGAAAGUUUUAGUAUGUGAAGAUAAACUAGAAAUUAUCUUUAUAUUCUAGUAUUUUCAGCACUCCGUAAAUUCUAUUACCUAAAUAUUGCCACACUAUUUUGUGAUUUAAAAAUUCUUACUAAGGAAUAAAAAAUUUAAUAUACGAUAUGAGAUUGUCUAAUAAUUAAAAAGACAUACUGCUCCAUUAGUUUUAAGUUAUCUACGAAUGUAAGGAUGAAAGUUAUUAACGUUCUAAGAUAAAGAACUUUGUCAUUGGCUUGGUAUCACACGUUUCCAAUUUCCUGCAAGCCACCAAGGCUCUGGCUGUGUCUACCUACUUAUUUCCAAUGUAUUUCAGUGAAAAGUGCAAAAGAAAAACCUACCUACAAA